UAAACAAGAAGCUUGUAAAUAUUGAAAAAUAUUGAAUAUUUUUAUGAUUGUGACAAACAUUUGUGUCUAAAACUUAAAGAGUGGUCAAGAACAAAUAGUGGCAUAAUGCCAAAGUGCAGUAUUGUGGGAUGUGGCUCCAGAAAGGAUGAAAACCAGAAAAGUUUGUCUUUGCACCGGUUACCAAGAAGUGAAUAUAGAAAAAAUAAAUGGUUAGAAGCAAUUGGAACUGAAAAUAUCAAGCCAAAUGUAAAGGAUAUUUUCAUAUGUUCCAUACAUUUCCCUGAAAGUGCUUUCAAUAGGACAAUGGAAGUGAUUCGUCUGCGCGAAGAUGCUAUACCAGUAUGUCUGCCGCUGCAUUCACACAGGCCUUGUGUCAGUCAAGGUGAACCUGUUACAUCAACGGUGAAUAAAUUGGAUACAACUCCUGUGGCAGACGUACAGAAUGAUUCAAAUAUGGUACCAGUUGAGCCUCAAAUCCCUAUUAUGGUAAUGCAAUCGUCGGCUGUAAAUAAAGCGGACCAAUUUUCUUUGGACAUACGGAAUGAUUCAGAUUUGCCUUGUGUCAGUCAAGGUGAACCUGUUACAUCAACGGUGAAUAAAUUGGAUCCAACUCCUGUGGCAGACGUACAGAAUGAUUCAAAUAUGGUACCAGUUGAGCCUCAAAUGCCUAUUAUGGUAAUGCAAUCGUCGGAUGUAAAUAAAGCGGACCAAUUUUCUUUGGUCAUACGGAAUGAUUCAGAUUUGCUUCAAGUGGAACAUCAAGUCCCUAUUAUAGCAAUUCAGCAUAUUCCUAGUACAUCAGAAGUUCUGGAAGCUAAAAUCAAGAUGUUAGAGCGGAAAUGCGGCAUUCUGACAAGAAAAGUUAGGACUUUAAAUGAAAAAGUACGCAGACAGAAGAAAAAAAUUGAUACUUUCAAAAGUAUUAUAAAGGAUUUAAAAGAACGAAAUUAACCCGCCAUUGGUGACCUUGGUCUGUGAGACCGGGCAGUUAAAGAAACCCAAAUAUUUUUGUCACCGUUUAUCGAAUUACUCUGUGGUUUCGAGUAGCUGCCUAAUUUCGCGCCCCCUACCCUAUCCCUACCCCGCGACAGCGACGCGGGCGCACGUUACAGAGUUUUGGCCCCAACCCGGUGCGUGAGACCGGCGUCACCAACUAACAUGCCUUACGAAAGUAAUCAGCGUCGUCUCGAGGCUCUUUUGCAAGAAGCAGUAUCUGAUGAGGACAGAUUACAAACAUCAUCGGAAAGUGAAUCUGGAAGUGACUUCGAAUCAGAUAAUUUUGAACCAGAUCGCACGUAGUACCUACCCACUUGCUCUAGUUGUUUGGCUGUUGAAGAUGAGUGAUUAUAGUAUUGUAUAUAGGUAUUUUUUUUUUUGGUCGAAGUAUUACCAUUUAUGUUACUUAAUUUUAUGUUUUCAAUGUCACAAGACUGAC